GCACUCGCAAAAGACAGCCACUCUACUCCCUGGCAGCCAACAACACCAGUGUGGUGCGGUAAGCGAGCAUGUCGUACCUCAUCAGCAAAGCCACCAGCGCGGCGAAAAGCGUCCAGAGCACCGUGGUCAGCUCCACGCAUCUCGAAAGCGUCACCAGCAGAUUCGGCUUCGAGAGCGUGACCAAUGUCGUGACGAGCAUCGUCACCAGCAAAGACUCCGGCCCCAAGAACAGAUACUCCAGCUCGGCACCCGUCUCGGAGGGCAACAGCGUCAAGUAUCAUGUCUCUGGGUGCUCGUACUUCUGGGCUGUCUCUGAGGCGCUGGAGAAGGCCAAGGAGUCGGUCUGGAUUCUCGGGUGGUGGGUUUCACCAGAAGUAUAUCUGAGGCGGCCGCCUUCAGAGAAUGAAAAAUACCGACUCGACCGGAUGCUGCUCGCCGCCGCUGAGCGGGGCGUCAAGGUGAAUAUCAUUGUCUUCAAGGAGGUUCCUCAAUUCAUGUACCUCUCCUCGCACCACACACAACGCGCGCUAGAGGCGCUACACCCCAAUAUUGCGGUCUUCCGAUACCCAGAUCAUUAUACCGGCGCGAAGGGAGUCCUCUCGUCGACGAAGAGCAUGCUCCAAAACACAAUAUCCGGCGGCGCCGCGAACCUGGGCAAAGUGUCGGAUGAAUCGUUGCAGAACCUGUUCGCAUUGGCAGGCGGGCCGACCUUGCUCUGGGCACAUCAUGAGAAACUUGUCAUCUGCGACAGACAGACAGUCUUUAUGGGUGGCAUCGACCUCUCCUAUGGCCGCUGGGAUACGAUCCAACACCCGAUCGCCGAUGCUCAUCCUGGAAACCUCGACGACAUCGUCUUUCCCGGCCAAGACUACAACAACGCACGAGUGAUGGACUUCAAAAACCUCGAUAACUGGGAGCAUAACAAACUCAGUCGGCUGACGACGUCAAGAAUGGGCUGGCAGGACAUCUCCAUCAGUCUUACCGGGCCGGCGGUUGCAGACCUCUGCAAGCAUUUCAUUGAACGCUGGAACUUUGUCCACAGUAUGAAAUACAAUACGGGCCUUCCACGGGACUCGCGGUACGAACGUAUCCCACCCAUCACCGACCAACCUGCUCAGAAUGCACCGGAUCAGCCCGCCGGUCCCAUGGCAUGCCAACUGGUUCGCAGCCUCGGCAGCUGGAGUGGCGGUCCAACGCUCGAGCACAGCGUGUACAACGCGUACAUCGACAUCAUCGAGAAGAGCGAGCAUUUCGUAUACAUCGAGCAGCAAUUCUUCAUCACGUCGACGGGGACUUGGCUGGGGACGGUCUGGAACCGCGUCGGCGAAGCUCUUGUGCAACGGAUUUUGCGCGCCGCGCAGGAGAAGAAACGGUACAAGGCCAUUGUCAUAUUGCCCUCCGUACCGGCCUUUCCGGGAGAUCUGCAAGCUCUGAUAACGGGUCAUCCGCCGCGGGCGAUCAUGAAGCUGCAGUACAAGUCCAUUUCUCGUGGUGGGUUCAGCAUCAUGGACAAGAUCAAACGGGCCGGCGUCGACCCCAAGGAAUACAUCAGAUUCUACAAUCUGCGAAAUUACGAUCGGAUCAACGAGAGUGCGGUGAUGCAGAAGGCCGAGCAGGCUAGCGGCGUCGAGUAUAAGCUUGCCAGCCAGGACCACGACGAUAUCGUUGAUCCCUUUGGACUGCGGGCGCAGAAAGAGAUGGGUGAAUUCGAAGGCGACGACGUCACAACAAACCACGAGGCCUACCAGAAGUACCAGAACGCCACGGGUCAUUCCCACAGCAGCUGGGACUCUGUCAGUUCUUGCUAUAUGCUCGGGGGCGCCGACAUUCGCAAAGUCCCCUGGGCAGGCGGCGGCACCAUCAAGGAAAUCGACGCCUUUGUCAGCGAGGAACUCUAUGUGCAUUCCAAGGUGCUGAUCGCCGACGACCGGGUUGUCCUGUGCGGCUCCGCCAAUCUGAACGACAGGUCUCUCAAAGGCAGUCGAGACUCGGAGAUCGCGCUGGUGAUCGAAGACCCGACCCCCAUCGCCACGACGAUGAACGGGCAGCCGUUCCAAGCCAGUCGCUUCGCGGCCAGCCUGCGCCGCUACCUGUUCCGCAAACACCUGGGCCUGCUCCCGCCCCAGGACAUGCGGAAGCCGGACGGGCACUUCACGCCCGCGCCGGGCGACAACGAGUACGACUUUGGAUCCCAGGAGGACGUCCUCGUCUCGGACCCGCUCGGCGACCGGUUCCUCGAGCACUGGAACGGCGUGGCGCAGCAGAACACGCUGGCGUUCCGCAAGGUCUUUGCGCCGAUGCCCGACGACACGGCGCAGACCUGGCUGCAGUACCAGAUGCUGUUCUGGAAGCGGUUCACGGGGCCGGACGGCCUGCACCUGGCUCAGUGGGGCCACGUCAUGAAGGACAACUUCCCCGGGGGCGAUGAGGGGGUCGCGGCCGUUAAGGAGGAGCUGGCCAAGAUCAGGGGCAUGCUCGUCGAGAUGCCGCUCGAGUUCCUGGCCAAGACGGACAUUCAGAUCGAGGAUCCGGGGUACAACGUCAUUACGCGGCAGGGGUAUGUGUGAGGGGUCGUCCAUCACGCCAUGUCUCGAAUGGAACUCGAUAAGGACCGUGGGAUGGACGUAUGGCCAAAUUGAUAGGAUGGUGAGAGGCUGAGAUAGAAAGGCUGGCGCAACGGUAACCAUCAUUAAAAAGGGUAGUUAUUCUGUCUUUAGGAAUAGUGGUAUCCCUCUCCUUAUUGAU